AAUUUUCUAGGGCUUUUUCUUGCUUUGAAUACUUACGUACAUCACUCACCUGAAUGAGUGAAUUACUACGCCAUGGCCAAAACAAAGCUAAAAUGACGCACAAAACGCUGGGAUUAAUCGCUCAUGAGUCCCACACGGGCGCGCGCCCACACGCACAGUGAUGCCCUUGCUCGGAGUCUGCUCUUCCCUCCCCUCUCGUCUCGGCUUCUCGCAUCGUCGUAUAUAAAACCUACCCGUUGUCAAGCUCGGCUCUCCUGCCAUUACACCGCCUAGCUAGCUUGCUUCAACACCUCACAUACACGCAGAACGCAGCACAGGAAAGCGGAGACCUUGGACCUCCUCGAGUUCUAGCCAGCUGCAUGAUGGCGAGGCGGCAGAGAGGAUUCCGGCUGGGCAGAAAGCUGCUCGGCCUCUGGCGCUGGGCGCUCUGCAACCGCCGGCGACGCCGCGGCGGCGGCUACGCCCGCCUGCAGCGGUGCCAGCUAGGGGCCGGCGCAAAGCCGUUCAACACGGCAGUCGGGAGCGCCAAGCAGCAGCAGCAGCAGCAGCUGGUGGUGUUGCCGCGGGAGCUGGACGAGCCCCGACGGCGGAUGCUGGGGUGGGGGCGGUCGCUGGCGCGGCGGAUGAGGCUCCUGCCGCGGCGGGGCGAGCGGCUGCUGGAGGAGGCCGGCGAGGCGACGACGCCCAAGGGGCAGGUGGCGGUGUACGUGGGCGGCGACGAGCCCGGCGGGGAGUCGAUGAGGUACGUGGUGCCGGUGGUCUACUUCAACCACCCGCUCUUCGGGGAGCUGCUGCGGGAGGCCGAGGAGGAGUUCGGCUUCGAGCACCCCGGCGGGAUCACCAUCCCGUGCGCGGCCACAAGGUUCGAGCGCGCCGCCGCCAUGGCCGCCGCCGGCGGCGGCAGGAAGGCGCCCGGCUGGUGGUAGCACGGCGCGCGCCUCCUGUACAGUACAUACAUACAUACAUACAUACACAUGCGUGCUCGAUUGAAUAGAUAGUUGGAUGGAUGUGUGUAAUUUUCUUUACCAGUUUGACUUUUCUUUUUGUGGGCUGCCUGCCUCUCUGUUUGUGGGCGCGCAUGCGAUGCGAUCAUGCGAGCUUAUUUUUUUCUUUUAGUUUUAGAGAAGAUGGAGGGAUGCCUCUAUAGCUCUAGUCGAACCUGUUCCCCAACUCCAACUUGCAUGCCCAUGCUGGACAUGGUGAUCCUGUGCUUCCUGUACGAUCCGGUGGCCGAUCUUAUUUUGGAUCGGAGGGAGUAGCAUUUAGUUUGCUGCAUGAUCGAUGGAUCAUGGUUGUCAAUUAACUUCCAUGAUGAAAUGUGGCCUGCCUAGCGUAAACGGAUGAAAUAUUCUUGGCCAA